AUGAGAUCACUAUUCGAAGCGGGUCAGUUUGAUCGCGACCUGGCUCUGCAUCGUACCGCUGUGAGCGCUGUGAAGCACUUGAGGGCAUCGGGAAGCUCUGGCCCCACCGAGGAAGAAUCAUUUAUCCUCAAGCAGUUCUCAACGACGCUAGGACUUUGUGUCGACGAAAUGGGUGUUGAGACUUCCCUCUUUGACGUUGGUUGCACCUCCAUGGACCUCGUCCGACUCAAGCGCUCCAUAGACACCCAGUUCAAUGUAACAAUACCCGUCGUGGUAUUUAUGAAGCAUCCGACUGCUCGGUCCUUGGCCACUGCCCUCAGAUCGCAUCUGGCCCGACAUUCCGCUGGUCAAGAAGCGUCACCGGCGACCGAAUACGACCCGGUGGUGACUCUGAGAGCACAGGGCAAGAAGGCGCCUCUGUGGCUGGUUCAUCCGGGAGUGGGUGAGAUCCUGGUCUUUGUUGGCCUGUCUAAGCAUAUGGCUAUCGAUGACCGUCCUGUGUACGCACUGAGGGCGCGGGGAUUCGAGCCUGGGCAGACUUGUUUCUCAUCUAUCGCGGAGACGGUCGAGGUAUAUGUGAACGCUAUCCGACAGUAUCAGCCGAGUGGUCCGUAUGCUAUUGCUGGUUACAGCUAUGGCACUAUGCUAGCGUUUGAAAUCACCAAGGUGCUCAACUCCAUGGAUGGAGACGGCUCUGUUCGAUUUCUGGGCAGCUUCAACCUCCCCCCACACAUCAAGGCACGCAUGCGGCAUUUGAACUGGAACAUGUGCCUCCUUCAUCUGGCAUACUUUUUAGACUUGACGACGGAAGAGCAUGCUGAUGUCCGCGAACAAGAAGGCUUCCGGGAAUUAUCUCGCAGUGCUGCUGUGACUCAGCUGAUCCGAGACGCUGAUAAGGCUCGGAUGGAAGAGCUUGGUCUAGGCGAGACCGAACUCUCAGGAUGGGCUGAUGUGGCGUUCAGCCUCCAGAGCAUGGCGACGGAAUACGAGCCCAGCGGCUUGGUCGACGUUCUCGACGUCUUCCAUGCAAAGCCGUUGAAAGUGGCAGCUGCAUCAUCGGAAGAAUGGGUUCAAGUACACUUGAGCAAAUGGAGGGACUUCUGCCGAACAGAGCCAGUAUUUCAUGCUGUCCAAGGCGCGCACUACACAAUGAUUGGAAGUGAUCAUGUGGCCAGUUUUGCCUCCACAUUGCAGGUCGCCCUUAGGGCUAGGGGGAUCUGA